AUGAACAACCUAGUAACGAGUAUUAAACUAGUAUUAUUGGGUGAAGCAGCAGUUGGGAAGUCGUCUAUUGUAUUAAGAUUUGUAUCAAAUGAUUUUUCAGAAAAUAAAGAACCUACUAUUGGUGCAGCAUUUUUGACUCAGAGGGUUAAUAUCGAUGAUCAUAUAGUUAAAUUCGAAAUUUGGGAUACUGCGGGACAAGAACGGUUUGCAUCUUUAGCUCCCAUGUAUUACAGAAAUGCACAAGCUGCUCUAGUGGUCUAUGAUGUGACCAAGCCUCAAUCUUUCAUAAAAGCUCGCCAUUGGGUGAAAGAAUUACAUGAACAGGCUAGUCAAGAUAUAAUUAUUGCUUUGAUUGGAAACAAAAUAGAUCUUUUGAAAGAUGAUCCAGAUGGAAGAAAAGUAGCUAAAGAAGAGGCUGAAAAAUUGGCUGAAGAGGAAAAUCUAUUGUUUUUUGAGACAAGUGCAAAGACGGCAGUAAAUAUUAAUGAAGUCUUUUUAAAGAUUGGUGAAACUAUUCCAUUGAAAAAUUCUAAUGAUGUAAAUGAAACUCCAAAUGGAUUAAACGUUACCGAUAAUCAAAGAGUUAAUCUUGCUGCUUCCGCUGAUGCUACUGCAAAUGCUUCAUCAUGUAGUUGUUGA